AUAUAAAACUUUCCCUUCCUUUCUUCUUUUAUCUGCUAAGCGAUUCUUCCUCUCUGGUCUUUGCUCUCACGGCUCUUCCUGCAUUCUCUUCCUCCAAUGAAUGCCUCUUUCCUUCCUUCCUUUCGAUUCAAUUUCUCAACUCUCUCAAAUCCCUUAUUCAAAACGAGCUCGAAAUCAACACCACCACCGCCAUGAAGGUCCAUCCAUUGCCGAGGAAGCGCAAUAUCGCCAUUCGGAAUAACCCCACUUCGAGAAACUCUCUUGAAGAUCAAUCCCUUCUGAAUAACCACAAGAAACUCAGGAGAUUACCUCAUAUCUUCAAUCGGGUCCUUGAACUUCCGUUUCGAUCUGAUGCGGAUGUUUUGGUGGAGGAAAAUCCCGAUUGUUUCCGAUUCAUUGCUGAAACUGAUGGUAACAUUAGCGAUAGAGUAAGGGCUCAUGCUGUGGAAAUCCAUCCUGGGGUUAUUAAGAUCGUUGUCCGUGAAAAUGAAUCGUUGGAAAUGGCAAUGGAUGAGCUCGAAUUAGACAUGUGGAGGUUUCGGCUACCGGAGACGACGCGACCGGAGCUUGCGAGUGCGGCUUUUGUUGAUGGAGAGCUUAUAGUUACUGUUCCAAAGGGGAAUGAAGAAGAGAAUUCUGAAGAUGGUGGAGGAGAUAUUUGGGGAGAUGGGAACGGGAGCUUCAGAGAUGAAAUGGAAGGUCGACUUGUUCUUGUACAGUAAAUUGAAUCCUUUCUCUUUUUCUUUUCUUUUUGGUUUUUGUACUAACUGUUGGAAAUUUCCUUGUUCAUCAUUAUUAAUGCUAUUCUAGAUUUCCUGUUAA